AUGAGCUAUCAAGCCAUUGGAGAAGACGGACAGCCUUCGAGUGCUUCUAAAUUGACAGCAAGGAGAAGAAAACUCGUUGUUCCCAUUUUUGCCUUGUUAGGGUUGGUAGGAUUACUGUCUGGUCUACGUCUAGUGAGUACUAAAAAAUAUGAAAGUUGCUACAAAUGCGAAACCUAUGAGGCGAUAGCACCCGCUUUCGACAAAUCGUUGAACCAAAUCCUCUACAAUGCUCACUACAAGGACGAACUCAUUGAAAAACUUUCUGGAGCCAUAAGAAUACCUACAGAAAUAUACGAUUGGACACCUCAACCAUCCCAAGAUUUGAAGGCAUGGAAACAGUUCUUCAAAUUCCAUCAGUAUCUCAAUUCCACUUUCCCAACCCUUCAUGAUGUCGUUAGACUAGAGAAAAUUGAUCGUGUGGGACUGCUUUACACCUGGGAAGGGUCCAACCCGGACUUGAAGCCGUUAUUGCUAAUGGCGCAUCAAGACGUUGUUCCUGUAGAGCCCGAGACGGUCAAUAAAUGGGCUCAUCCUCCCUUUGGUGGCUAUUAUGACAGAGAGUCAGAUAUGAUCUAUGGCAGGGGUUCCGCUGACAUUAAAAUCUUGGUUAUAUCGCAUUUAGAGGCCGUGGAGAAACUCAUUAAGGAUGGAUUUAAGCCAAAACGUACAAUUCUCAUCUCUUUUGGAUGCGAUGAAGAGGCUAGUGGUAGCUGUGCAGGAAAAAUUGCAGAACACAUCGAGGCAAGGUACGGUGCAGACAGUCUGUAUGCAAUUUUGGAUGAAGGCGGAGGUGUUACUCAAUUGCAAGAAAACGUUUUCUUGGGUGUUCCUGUCACUUCCGAGAAAGGAUAUCUUGACGCUGAAAUAACUCUAAACACACCCGGAGGCCACUCUUCGGUUCCACCGGACCACACUUCUAUUGGCGUGAUAAGCGAUCUUAUCGUCUCCUUGGAAAGCGAUAUCGAUCAGAUCAAGAUCGACCCAGGAAAUCCUGCACUUUUUGGGCUAAGCUGCUAUUUAGGCAAAGCCGACAAAGGAGACAAGAACUUGAAACGUCUGCUUGACAGUGGACGCUUGGUCGAAUUUGGGAAAGAGAUUGACAAGAAUACUGAAUUCAAGUAUCUUUUUAAGAGUUCCCAGGCUAUUGAUAUGAUAGAGGGUGGAAUUAAGGCCAAUGCGCUACCGGAAACCGUCACCGCUUUGGUAAACAACCGAAUUAGUCUGACAUCUUCCGUGAAUAAUACAGUAGAGCGCAUUUUGAAUCAUAUGAAGUCGAAGGCGCGGAGAUUUGACGUGGGUAUUAAGAUAGUAGAGGGUAGAGACGCUUUAGAAGAUCAUGCUAAAGUGGUUAUACCGCCCACUGACCAUGGUCAUUUUUUGCUCAGAUUAAUCGAUGCUCUGGAACCUGCGCCAGUUUCUCCAACCGACGAAGUGGACGUUUGGAGAAUUAUGGCCGGCACCACCACCAACACAUACCAACAAUCUCUCUUUGGUGGUGCUGAUAACACCGUUUUUGUAUCCCCCUUCUUGGGAACUGGAAACACGGAUACGAAAUCGUUUUGGAAUUUAACAAGAAACAUUUACAGGUAUUCCGGAGGUUUGAUAUCAGAAGGUGCCAACGAGCAUACCGUUGACGAAAAGAAUAGUGGCAAGGCCUUAGUUUCUUCGGUGGCUUUUAUGUAUCAGUUCAUUCCUAACACCGAUCAAUAUUCUACGGAAAAAUAA